AUGAUCAUGUUGGACUUUUAUGGCAGUCGUGGUGGCAGUGUCGUGGUGCGUCACAGGACUCUGAGGUUUUCUUCUUACUGGACGCUCACGCUUGAAAGUGCUAUUUUUCUAUCGCCGACGCACCGUGCCCCAGUGAGGAAGGCGAAACAGUCCGUCGCCAACAGCAGCAUGGAGGAGGCCGCAGCGAAGGAGGAGAAGCAGGAUGACGGUGCCCCGAAACCCAAGCGCGCUCACAGGGCGCGAAAGCAGGGCACUGCCUCAACGGCGGCCGCCGUGGCGGCACUGCAAGCCAGGAUGCUGCCGUCGUCAAGCAAGGUAUGGUUUGGAUGGAGGCAUACGGAGAGUCGUGAAUUUUUCCAACCCACGCGUUUCAACCCACGCGAGGUCAUCGUUCGGGCCACAGAUCUGACGGGCUUAAGCGGCGCGGGUGUGGAGGCAAAACAGGAAGCACAGAACAAGGAAAAGCAGGACGAGCGGGACGCGAAAGAAGAAGCUUUGGAGAAAAACGACCAAGACUUAGAUGGCUGUGAACAGUUUGAGGCUAUGGACGCCUCGAGAGACGGCGUGGCGCCCGACUUCUUGCGGAACGCGGUGCAGCACGCCCAUGACUACGGCGUCCACGGCGAGGGGCUGCUGGUGGCCUACAACGUCGACCGCUGCCCGGACCUGACGCAGCCGGCCGCUCACGGCGCCAAAUUCUUCUUCGACGACGACGCGCGCAAGCUCUUCAUCACCUGUUCCGCUUCAAAUCCCCACGGCACCGGAGCAUCGGAAGCUAACCGGCAACUGGGAAAUUGCAUUGAUGCGCACAACAGCCUCAUCGGCGUAGACCGCCUAUCCACACUUGGUGACGGCCAAAUCAGCCAUUUUGGCGAUGCGCCAGACGUCGCCGUGAGAGCCAGAAGCGCCGACGGCGAUGUCCUGCCUUUGAUCAUCGUCGAGCUUGAGAUGGGCAAUCGCAAAGUGGCCGCAAGCCGCCAUCAAGGACACACGCUAUUCGAGCGCUACCCAACGCUGCGUGCUCUCGUUGUCAUUUUCGCGCCCUUUGAGUUCAAUUUUGACCGGGUAACGGAUAUGACGGUUGCGGUCGGAUGUUACUACCGCGAGCAGGCAGGCGCGCCUGUCGUGGCAAAGCACGCGUUUGACCUUGGCACGGUUGCAUGUGACCGCAACGCUUGGAUGGACCAGCUGGGCAACGACGUCUUACCGCCCUUCGAUCCUUCGUCAUGGACAGUCUGCCGCGCCACGCCACGCAAAGAAUUCGAACACCUCGCCAUCGACAUCGAGCCAGCGGUCCUUGUUUUUCCAUGCAGCGUUUUCGAGGUGCAAGGAGAUGAGGAUCUAAUGUUUGCUGCAGCGGUGAAGGCACACGCCCAGAGACUCGAGGGCAUCGCUCUGAAGUUGGACCUUGCGCGCGUUGUACAGAAAUUCUACGAACCAUUUGUGACCAGGGCGUCUCACACGAGGGAGGUUUGGCGCAUGCUCGAGCGCAUGCGAGAUGCCGUCACAACCUUCCGAGACGUGAGUGCAUCGACGAAGAUGCCCGGAAAGGUGACAAGGCACAAGCUGGAAACGAGCGACGCAAAACAGAAGCUGAGCAUGUCGACAGCGUUUGGCAAGGUUUACUCGGGCUAUCGCCAGCAGCUGCUCGAUGCCGGCGUUAAUGUGUCGGGCACACCCGAGAACCUCGGGCAAGUCGAUGAAGAUGGACGCAGGCUCUCCGAGCUUUCCAUGAGGGACAUGCGGAACGCGACCAGCGCUUUGUGCGGGCUAGUGCGUGAGGACGAUGUUACGCAUUGA